AAAAGUUGUUCAAAAUAUUCAAAUUCGAUUCAGAGGAAUAUUUGGUAGUCAACCCCUGUAUAUAAAGAAACGUUACAUUAUUUCCUGCAACGUGAUAACCGUUUUCCACCCUUCCCUUACAUCCAAUCAGAGCUUAGUAUUUUUCUUGUCACGUUUUUCUCGACGUGGGUUCCAGAUAUGAUGAAGAGGCUCAUUCAUUCGUCAAUCAAAUAGUUUUAAGUACGUAGGUACAGUUAUUUUCACCCAUUCUAUAUAAUCGGCAUUAAAAAUGGGAGAUGUGUUCCUCUUUUCCACCCAAAUCGUAUUUAUUUUUAUUUGAAUCUAUAUUGUAGGAUUGUUUUGAAUAUCGAUUAGAAAGGAAAUUAUAUCUCUGGUUUACUCGGAUCACUUGUCAAGUACUCCUUGAGAUCCCGUCAUUGGGAUAAAUCCAAUUGCUGAAUUUUCACGAUUUCUGUUCCAAGAGAAGCCUGCAGAUAACGGAAUAAAUGAAUGAAAAUGAAAGAGCAGAUCUUCAUUCUGGCAAUUAUAGCAUCGGAAUGGCAUCCAAAGAAAAAGAUAAGCAUACAGUACAUUGGUUCAGGAAAGGACUACGAUUUCAUGACAAUCCAGCCUUGCAGGCAGGCCUGAGAAAUGCGAAAACCUUCCGAUGCGUCUUUGUUCUCGAUCCCUGGUUUGCAGGAUCUUCAAAUGUUGGGAUUAAUAAAUGGAGGUUUUUGCUGCAAUGUCUGGACGAUUUAGAUCGAAGCUUGAAGAAGUUCAAUUCUAGACUGUUUGUAGUGAGAGGUCAGCCGGCAGACGCAUUGCCCAAACUGUUCAAGGCAUGGGGCACAACGUGUCUCAGUUUCGAAGAGGACCCAGAACCUUUCGGUCAAGUUAGAGACAAUAAUAUAAUAGCCCUUUGCAACGAGCUUGGGAUCACUGUGGUACAGAGGGUGUCGCACACAUUGUACGAUUUGCAGACGAUCAUAGACAAGAAUGGCGGUAUGGCACCCAUAACGUAUCAUCAGUUUUUAGAUGUGUUAUCUUCUAUGGGCACUCCGGAUGAACCUAUCCCUGAGCCAUUCAAGUCAGACACUAGGGACGAUCUGAAGACACCCUUCAUGAACAAUCACGAUUACGAAUUUGGAGUGCCCUCAUUGGAGCAAUUAGGAUUCGAUACUUUGGCAUUGCCACCACCAGUAUGGAUAGGAGGAGAAAGUGAAGCCCUGAAAAGACUCGAACGACACUUGGACAGGAAAGCUUGGGUAGCCUCUUUUGGCAUGCCCAAGAUGACCCCUCAAUCGUUAUUAUCCUCCAGAACCGGCCUUUCCCCCUACCUCAGAUUCGGUUGUUUAUCAACCAGAUUAUUUUACUAUCGACUCACCGAUCUCUACAGAAAAAUAAAGAACGCCCGACCUCCCUUGUCUCUUCAUGGUCAAUUACUGUGGAGGGAAUUCUUCUAUUGCGCUGCCACGAAAAACCCAAACUUCGACAAGAUGUUGGGAAACCCGAUCUGUGUGCAGAUACCAUGGGAUCAUAAUGCUGAAGCUCUGGCCAAAUGGGCGAAUGGUCAAACUGGAUUUCCUUGGAUAGAUGCCAUCAUGACCCAAUUGAGACAGGAAGGGUGGAUUCACCAUUUAGCCAGACACGCUGUGGCGUGUUUUCUCACCAGGGGAGAUCUCUGGAUUUCUUGGGAGGAAGGAAUGAAGGUAUUCGAGGAAUUACUCCUGGACGCAGAUUGGUCGGUGAAUGCGGGAACCUGGAUGUGGUUAUCCUGCUCUAGUUUCUUCCAACAAUUCUCCCACUGUUAUUGUCCCGUCAAGUUUGGAAGGAAAGCCGAUCCAAACGGGGAUUACAUCAGAAAAUACAUAAGCGUUCUGAGAAACAUGCCAAUAAAAUACAUUCACGAUCCGUGGACUGCGCCAGAUACGGUCCAGAAAGCAGCGAAAUGUGUGAUAGGAAAAGAUUACCCACUGCCGAUGGUGAACCAUGCUUUGGUCAGCAGGAUCAAUGUACAGCGUAUGAAGCAAGUAUAUCGACAACUCAAGAAUUAUCAGAAUAUCGAAAAUAGUGAUGAAUAUGGGACUCAAUUAUCGGGAAAUUGUAAAAGUUCUAAUCAAUUUGUACAUACCUGAUCAGAUGUUAAUAAGGAAGAUGAAUAAUAA